CUGUUGUUGGUCCUCCAGCAGCAGAAGAAGAAGAUGAGUAGCGGCGUGAACAGCAUCGAUGCCGUGAAGAAGAAGAUCAAGGUUCUGCAGGGCCAAGCGGAGGAGGCCGAGGAACGGGCGGAGAACCUCCAGAGACAGGUGGAGGAUGAGAAGAGGAUCAGAGAACAGGCAGAGUCGGAGGUGGCGGCUCUGAGUCGGCGUCUGCAGCUCAGUGAAGACAACCUGGACCGAGCUCAGGAGAGACUCGCCACCGCUCUGCACAAGCUGGAGGAGGUGGAGAAGUCUGCUGAUGAGAGCGAGAGAGGGAUGAAGGUGAUCGAGAACAGAGCUCUGAAGGACGAGGAGAAGAUGGAGCUGCUGGAGCUUCAGCUGAGAGAAGCCAAACAGAUCGCAGAGGAGGCCGACCGCAAAUAUGAAGAGGUGGCUCGUAAGCUGGUGAUGGUGGAAGGAGAGCUGGAACGAGCUGAAGAGAGAGCCGAGCAGUCCGAGAGUAAGUGUCGAAUGUUGGAGGAGGAGCUGAAAACUGUCUUCACUGGUUCAAAGUCUCUGGAGGCUCAGGCUGAGAAGUACUCUCUGAAGGAGGACAGGUACGAGGAGGAGAUCAAGAACCUGAGCAACAAACUGAAGGAGGCUGAGACCAGAGCUGAGUUUGCGGAGCGUUCAGUGGCAAAACUGGAGAAAACCAUCGAUGGACUGGAAGACGCUCUGACUUCAGCCAGAAACGCCAACAUGGAGCUUCAGGCCACUUUGAAUCAGACCAUGGAGGAGCUCAACUCCUGCUGAACCUCCUCCCCCCCUCCCCUCCCCUUCCUCCCACCCACCUCCUCUCUGCUGCCAGAGUUGAUGUCGGGAACUCUGUGGCCAAAUGUUUUUCCUUUUUCCUCUUGCUCAACCUGCUCCUCCUCAUACUUUCACUCCUCCUCCUCCUGGUGGAUGUGAGGGAGGUGCAGACUCCUCCUCUCUCCUCUCUGCUGCCUGAGUUGAUGUUGAGAAAUGUGUGGCCAAAACAUUCCUCUUGCACCUCUUAUACUCUUCCUCCCCCUCCUCCUCCUCUCCUCUCCUCCUCCUGGUGGAUAUGAGGGAGGUGUUGGGGAGGUGCACAUUCCUCCUUCUUCUUCUCUGCUGCCUGAGUUGAUGUUGGGAAAUAUGUGGCCAAAACAUUCCUCUUGCACCUCCUGCUCCUCCUCUUCCUCCUCCCCCUCCUCCUCCUGCAGGUGGAUGUGAGGGAGGUGUCAGAGAGGAGGUGCAGACUGCUCUCUGAAUGAUUCCUGCUUUCACACAUUCCUUCUCUGAACCUUUAAGUCACGUUUGAAGUGUUGCUUUAAUUUACUCCUCAUGUCUGGCCCUCCUCUUCCUCUUCCUCCUCCUCCUCCGUAAAGGUGCCAACCCCCCUUCCCCCCCUCCCCUCCCCUCCCCCCUCCACUACAGUCUGAGGAAGGCCAGACGAGGAUGCUGGGAGUUAGUUAUUUUCUAUAAGGGAUUCUAACAGCAGUGACUUACAGCCAUUCCCUCGUUAACUAAUGAAUGAACUAAUGAAUAUUAAUGAACAACUAACGAAGCUCUGAGUGUUUGUUUUAACGGUUUGUCGUUACUUUGAGUUGUUUCUUUGCUUCAGUAAUUAAUAAUAAUAAUAAUUGAUUGAUUAGCCGGUGUCCUGUUAGCCAAUUAUAGAUGAUGUGUUCCUGGGGGCGGGACAGGGGGCGUGGUUUAAGGGAUCAGCCAAUCACAGUGAGUCAUUCCACUGCCAGGGGCCAAUAAGAGAUCACACAGAGAGACACGCCCCCCCCCCACCCUCACCUAUUUUUUUCCCCCAGGUGAUCUUGACCUGAUGACAUAAAUAAAGUUUAAAAAUGUUUUUAAAUGCAGGCCGGUGAUGAUGUCAUCGCUGCGCUGAUGUCAUCGCUCAUUGUAAUAAAUCAUGUGACCGCGAGAUUUUAUAAAAUAAAAAGCACCGUCACUGGUAUGUAGAUCCAA